UGACAGCACCGUGAAGAAAAGCAGGGGACCCGCUGCCUUCUCUCCUCCCGCACGGCAGGACCCAGACGAGCUCGCCCCGCCGCCGGGCAGGGCCAGUGGGGCAGAAGAUGCCGGGCAGCUAGCCCAGGACACCUCCCCAGUGGGCGGGAGGGACACCGGUCUCCCUCUCCCCAUGGAGACCCGAUGCUCUUUGCCUCAGGAUUUCUGGGAGCUGCUGCACUGCCUGAAGAUGAGGAGCAAGUACGCCAUCCUGCUGGUCUUCAUCGUCGGCCUCGUCAUCAUUGAGAAAGAGAACAACUUCAUCUCCAGGGUGUCGGACAAGCUGAAGCAGUCCCCACAGGCGCUGGCAGAGGACAACGGCACCGAGACCAGCCUGGCACCGGCUGAGAAUGGCUCGCUGGCCUCGCUGCGGGAGCUGGACGCUGCCUUCUCCCAGCUGAAGUCCCACCUGCACAACGUCACCCUGCAGCUGGCAGGAGAGGGGGACCCCGGGCCUCGGCGGCACGUCCUUCUGAUGGCCACCACCCGCACCGGCUCCUCCUUCGUGGGCGAGUUCUUCAACCAGCAAGGCAGCAUCUUCUACCUCUUCGAGCCUCUCUGGCACAUCGAGAGGACGGUGACCUUCGAGCCGGGGGGAGCCAACGCGGUGGGCUCGGCCCUGGUCUACCGGGAUGUCCUCAAGCAGCUCCUCCUCUGCGACCUCUACAUCUUGGAGAGCUUCAUCUCCCCGGCGCCCGAGGGCCACCUGACGCCCUUCAUGUUCCGGCGAGGCUCCAGCCGCUCGCUCUGCGAGGAGCCCGUCUGCACGCCCGGCGCCAAGAAGGUCUUUGAGAAGUACCACUGCAAGAACCGCCGCUGCGGGCCCCUCAACAUCACCCUGGCCGCCGAGGCCUGCCGGCGCAAGCCGCACGUGGCCCUGAAGACGGUGCGGAUCCGGCAGCUGGAAUUCCUGCAACCCCUGGUAGAGGACCCGCGGCUGGACGUCCGCAUCAUCCAGCUGGUGCGGGAUCCCCGGGCCGUCCUGGCUUCCCGGAUGGUGGCUUUCUCCGGCAAGUACGAGACCUGGAAGAAGUGGGCUUCCGAAGGGGAAACCCCCUUGGGCGAGGAGGAGGUGCAGAGGCUGCGGGGGAACUGCGAGAGCAUCCGUCAGUCGGCCGAGCUGGGGCUGCGGCGGCCGGGCUGGCUGCGGGGCCGCUACAUGCUGGUGCGCUACGAGGACGUGGCGCGGGCGCCCUUGCGGAAGGCGGAGGAGAUGUACCGCUUCGCCGGGCUGCCCCUCACCCCUCAGGUGGAGGAAUGGAUCAGCAAAAACACCCAGGCCCCCCGCGACGGCAGCGGGGUCUACUCCACCCGUAAGAACUCCUCGGAGCAGUUCGAGAAGUGGAGGUUCAGCAUCCCCUUCAAGCUGGCGCAGGUGGUGCAGGACGCCUGCGCCCCCGCCAUGCGUCUCUUCGGCUACAAGCUGGCCAAGAGCCCCGCCACCUUGGCCAACCGCUCCUUCAGCCUGCUGGAGGAGGCACAGCCCUCCUGGGUCACGUAAAAGCGGGGAGGGGGGCAACGAGGGGCUGUGGUUGUGCUUCUGGCUGGCCCCGGAGCAGAUCCGAGCCCGGGGGGUGGGGGGGUUCCUGCUCCUGGAUGUGCUCCUCGCCGCUGCCGGGUGGAAAUCAACAGCACUGGGAGCCAGAGUAUCCUGGCAGAGCUCCCCCUCAGGUCUCGCAGAGAUGGAAUGACACGAUUUCUCCAGGAAUGGGGGAAUUGUAAGGGUGAGGGGAGGUGGGCUCGGCAGCAGGGCCACCUUCCCCAGCUCGGGUGCCACAGCGAGGAAGAGGAGGGUGAGGGCAAGCGGAGGGCAACAGGACCGAGCACCUCCGCAUUGCCGCUCCGCCCCAGCUAGGAUGAGGCAAGGACGAGACCCCCAUGGUGCCUGCAAGGACCCAGACCCCAGAAGCCUUACUGGUUUAGUGCCUUCAUACACCAGCACAGACUGGGAACUGCCCCAGAGGCAACGCCGGGGGGCAGGAAACGCCCACAAGAGUCCCAGGCAGCGCUUGGGCUUGCCAUGAAACGAGGUGACUUUGUGGUUUGGUGCUCUUCAAAGUUGGGUUUGGGGAUUUGUUUGGGGUUGGGGUUUGUUGGGUUGGGUUUUUUUUCCUUUUUUUCCUGUGUAAAUUCAUACCAGGGUUGCCAGGCAAAUUUAUUUAUUUAUUACAUGAAAAAGAAGGGGAUGCAGGAUCAAGGAGUGAAGCCUAAAAAUCCGAGCAGCACAACAAACCACAAAGAAACACACAAAGCUGAGGUGGCAGAGGUCAGAUUGUGGCUGGAGACCACCACGAGCCCUGCUACAGGAUUCUGGGAGAGCUCCCAGGGACCCUCGGGCUAAACUCCCUCCCCUCACUCCCCCCCCAAGAGCCCCAGCAGCCCCCGGCCAGUGCCAGGGCUGCCCCCACCCCCUGCAAGCCUGGGUGCCUGCUGGAAGGCAAUCAGACUUCUUAAAUUAAAAACAAAAAUACAACAGCACCGAGUCCAAAGCAACUCC